GUAGGGCACAGGGAAGAGAGGGGCUGGGUUGCAUUUUGUUGCAGCAGUGCCCCUGAGCUCCAGUGACCCGUCCUCUGUCAAGGCUCCAGUUCUGCAUUCAUUUGCUGACUAAACCCUGUGCUCAGAUAAGGACUCACUGAAGAGUUUCCCACUAUUCAGAAUUACAGAGGGUAGCAAAAAUAUUCCACCCUGUCUGGGGAUAAGCAGUCUGUGGGGCCCAACCCUUCCCAGGAUCUAAACCCAAACCUGGAGGAGAGUAUUGAGCCCACCCACUGGCAGCCCGACAAUCUGGCUGAGUCCUGGGCAUCUAUUGGCGACAUGGAGCCUGAGGUUCGAAGUCUUGAAACCAGUGAGAUGGUCCUAGUUUUAGAGGAUCAAAGUGAGACCCACUCCUCCACCUCUGACAUCAUUCACUUAGAGGCAGAGCUUCAUGAAAGGGUGGAGACAGAUAAUGAGGAGGAGGCAGAUCUUCAGAGCAGCGUGCUGAGCAUGCUUGGCAGUGAUAGAGAGCUGGCAGAGAUGAGGGCAGAGAUUGAAGCAUCAUUGGAUAUUAUGUCUCCUGUAGAACAUGAUCUGAGGCCUCCAGAGACUGUGGAGCUUCUGGUGUGUGUGGAGGAGCCCACUGUGGAGGAGAUCGAGAUAGAGGAGGCUUCUUCUGAGCCAAUUUUCCCUCACACCACUCUUCUGUCUGAGCCUUCAGAUUUUACCCUCGCCUCUGUCCCUAUUCCUGAAAUCAUUGCACAGGUCUUCGAUCACCUUCCAUCCGCACAAGAACUUCCUCAAACCCCUGCUACUACAGUUACAACCUCAGAGGAAGUUCACAUCUCUGAAUCAGAGUCUACUAAUGCAUCUGUGUCUCAAGACCGCACAACAUCAUCUUCAGAGGAAGUUCUUCCGAAGGCAGAGCCAAAGCCAGCGACCUCUGCCACUUCACCUUUCGAACUCCCUGUGUUGCUCGUUGGUGGCGCUGCCCUGGUGGCAGUAGUGGGAGUACUUACAUAUAUAUUGAGUAGAAAGUAGCAGGACUGUAUUUCUCUUUGAUAAUUUUAACAAUGAAAAACAAUAUUGUCUUAUUGUGUACACAUGCUUUGUGCUUCCUAACUGAAAAAAUAAAUCUUAAAAAAUUAAAUAAAAAUAAAGUCCCUUUC